CCCGCGCACCUGGAAGCCAGCCAGCCAGCCCGCCCGCCCGCCCCCCGGCCCCAGCAGCCCCGAUCCCCCGCACGCCACCUCCAUGGACUGAAUGAAGACCGCCUGCACCUCCUAUCGAUGCCUAACCAAAGAGCUGGAGAGCUGCACCAUGAACCCGGAGCUGACCAUGGAGACCCUGGGCCCCUUGCACGGGCCCGCCAGCCAUGAGCAGGAGCUGAUGGGCAGCCCCAGCCCCCACCACCACCCGCCCAGCCGGAGCGCCGGCUCGCUCCGGGUGCACGCGCCGCCACCGCCGCCAGGCCCGCCGCCGCCUUCCCACCAGGAGCUGGCGGUGUCCGCCUCCUCGCGCUCGGCCAUGGUGAGCAGCAUGGCCUCCUUGCUGGACGGGGCAGGGGACUACCGGCCGGAGCUGUCCAUCCCGCUGCACCACGCCAUGAGCAUGCCCUGCGACUCCUCGCCGCCCGGCAUCGGCAUGACCAGCACCUACACCACGCUGACGCCGCUGCAGCCGCUGCCGCCCAUCUCCACCGUCUCGGACAAGUUCCACCACCCGCACGCCCACCACCACCACCACCCGCACCACCACCCGCACCCCGCGCACCCGCACGCCCACCCCCACCAGCGCCUCUCGGGCAACGUCAGCGGCAGCUUCACCCUCAUGCGGGACGAGCGGGGGCUGCCGGGCAUGAACAGCCUCUACAGCCCCUACAAGGAGAUGCCGCCCGGCAUGGGGCAGAGCCUCUCGCCCCUGGCGGGCGCCCCCCUGGGCAGCGGCCUGGGCUCCCUCCACAACAGCCAGCAGAGCCUCCACAACUACGGGCCGCCCUCGGGCCACGACAAGAUGCUCAGCCCCAACUUCGACGCCCACACUGCCAUGCUGGCCCGCGGGGAGCAGCACCUCUCCAGGGGCCUGGGCACCCCGCCGGCGCCCAUGAUGUCCCACCUCAACGGCAUGCACCACCCCGGGCACGCGCAAGCCCACGGGCCCGUCUUGGCCUCCGGCCGGGAGAGACCCCCCUCUUCCUCGGGCACCCAGGUCAACAACUCCGGGCAGCUGGAAGAGAUCAACACCAAAGAAGUGGCGCAGAGAAUCACGGCGGAGCUGAAGCGCUACAGCAUCCCCCAGGCGAUCUUCGCCCAGAGGGUGCUGUGCCGUUCUCAGGGGACCCUUUCAGACCUUCUAAGGAACCCUAAACCUUGGAGUAAACUGAAAUCGGGCCGGGAGACCUUCAGGAGGAUGUGGAAAUGGCUGCAGGAACCCGAGUUCCAGAGGAUGUCGGCCUUAAGACUUGCUGCAUGCAAGCGCAAAGAACAAGAACCAAACAAAGACAGGAACAACUCCCAGAAGAAAUCUCGUCUGGUUUUCACUGAUCUCCAACGCAGAACACUUUUUGCCAUCUUCAAAGAGAACAAACGUCCAUCCAAAGAAAUGCAGAUCACCAUCUCUCAACAGCUGGGCUUGGAACUUACCACUGUCAGUAACUUCUUCAUGAAUGCUAGGAGGCGGAGUCUCGAGAAAUGGCAGGAUGAUCUGAGCACCGGGGGAGCCUCCUCAACCUCCAGCACUUGUACCAAAGCAUGAUCGAAGAACAGAAUCUAAAUUGGGCACAACUCAACUAAUAUCUAUGAAAAGGAUUCUUAAUGGGGCCCUUCACUGGUGAUCUGAAAGCACAAUUCUCUUAGACAGUAAUACUAAUUUACAAAAUAGGGCAUUUAAUUUCUUUUAAAUGGCUAUUUGUUUUUUAAAAGUGCAAGCCAAAAAUACAUUAAAGGCAGGCUAAGCAUGUCUGAAACACAAAUAGGUCAUUCAUGAGCCACAUUAGUCUGGGGCCAACAUGACAAGAGUAAAUGAAAGCUCAGAAUAUCCAUUUGCUUUGACGGGAAAGGGAUUGGCCAACAAAAUGGCACCCAGCUUAGCAGAUUGCUUACCUAAAGAAAGCCAACCAUGUCUGACCUAAUUUGUUUUCUGAAUGUUUAGAUUCUCUACACUACACUAUACCAAAGCUCACAAACAUUGCAACACACAAGUACUGAGCACAAACUUUAACUACUCCUAAGAACAUUGGGUUUUUAUUUUAGAAACUCAGGCAUUGUUACAUUAGGUAUUUUCAGAAUGAUCCGACUUAACGCUUCUGGCUUUUAUGAAACAAAGUAUUGUCUAUGAAAUACAGUCUUGGAUCAGUAAGAUUUGGUUCCCUUGGACCCAAACUAUCAAGCACAAAGACAAUAGAUGUAGAAAACAGGACCAGCUCUGGACUCUUUGCCUGUUCUUACAAAAGGUGCUCGGAGUUAGGGAGGUGUUAGUGAACACAUUGGUUUCAAGCACACUUUUGCAGGUCUUCACAAUUUCUAUUUGUACAUAGUGCAGACACACACUCAGGAAGCCAGUUUAGAUGCUACCACACUUAGAGCAAAUGCAACGCUUCAAAAGCUCUAGCUUUUUAAUAAAAAAUCAAAACAAACCAUGAAUGCAUCCUUACUAGUUACAAGGCAUCUAAUUUCAUCACGUCAUUGUUAUCCAAGGACAUUCAUGGUACACCUUUAGUUGCCACUUCAGUUCUGUAUUGAAGUUAGUUGGUAUUUUUAGGCAAGAAAGCAAAUGCCUUCAUGAUGUCACUGACCACUGGAGCGCUGACUUAAAUAUAGUCUCCAAACCUGUUCCAUGGAUAAAAUCAUCUCCACCUUCCACUUCAUGUAAGAAUGCAGCACACCAAAGAUGCAGGAUACUGCAAGCCAAAGAUCAUCAUAACUUGCCAUUUUCUAACAUCGUCACUUUUCACGUCGUCGUCAUCACCAUCCUCCUCCUUGUAGUCAUAUUCUGAAUAUAUUAGAAAUAGAAGUCAACAGUUGUCAAGGUACAUUUGUCUUUCAGUUCACCUUACCAGUGAGCCAAAAGCGUCAACAUUCUUGAGUUAAAUAGCAGAGCUAAUUGUAACCACGCUAGGGUGCAAUGUUCAUCUAAUGGUACACAUAUACCAUCUUCCUCAUCGGAAUUGCUCUGGUCACACAAUGUGCAUAUUUACCAGUGAAUAGCCCCCUUCCUUGGAACACCACUUGAGUGUUCAAAAGCAAGCCAAACGCUGUAACGAUCCUUUAAAGACACUUGAGACUCUUUUAUGUACUACUUAAUCGAAACCAAAGAAACUUUUUCUGCACCUACUUCUUCUGCAACAAACUGUUCCAUUUAGGGAAAAAGAAAUAAAGAAAUGAAUAAUAAUUAAAAAAAAACAAGGAAGCACGUCAGGAAACAAACCAAUGAGAACACACUGUGUUUUGACAGACAUCUUGGGACAUUUUUAGGAAGCAGAGUUCAAAGAAAGGGUUGACAAGAAAGGAAAAGAAUGGAAAAGCCAACGGGAUUGCUGCUUCAUUUGACAACUCAGUAAUCUUAAAGUUGAAGAUUGUCUUUAAUUUGUGCCUAUGCAGUUUUUUCAAAAGAACAAGGAACAGAGCAACCGAGACCUCAACAGCUACAAUACCAAAGAUGAGGAUUUCUCACGACUUUUAGUUCAGUUCAUUAUCUCCCCUUGCACAGCUAAUAUGCUUAUAGCACCAUUGAUCUGUGUAAAGGUAAAUUGAUUCUGUUUCUUUUGAGCAACAAACAAACAAACAAAAGGGAUGAUUUUAAGUUA